UCAUCUGAAAGAUUAGGCAACAUUAGAUCCCGCGGUUCGAAGGAGCCGCCUUCAUCUGGCAGAUUAGGCAACAUCAAAUUCCACAAAUCGAAGCAGCCACCCGCAGAGUCGACAUGAAGAUCAUUGCUCUCCUGUCCAUUUUGGCUAUGAGGAGUCACGAGGUCGUUGGAGUGUUCGAUGCCGGGGCGCAGUACAUCGAAACGACAGGGGCGCACGCGUUCUUGGCCCCGGGGCCGGACGACCAGCGAGGGGUGUGCCCCGGCCUCAACGCUCUGGCCAACCACCGCUACUUGCCCCACAGCGGGAUCGUCACCAUACCGCAGAUCGUGGAGGCCUGCAACGCAGUCUACGGAAUGGGCACCGACCUCGGUGCGUUCCUGGCUACCUACGGUUUCGCCUUCGACGGCAAUGUUGCCAAACUGAGCAUCCACGGUCCCUCAGACAAUGUCACAAUGGCCGGCAACAUCCCCAAAGGCCUCACUUACAGCCAUAAUAAUUACGAAGAAAACCGGAGAACACUUUUUCAAAUUAUAACACCUGAGCUGAGCGUUAAGUUUCAUUUUAUUUCUUUACACGAAAAUCAUUUAUGUACAUUUUGUAGUAAUAUAUUUAUUUCGUUUGAUUACGAAGGGGACGGAUCGCCGACACGCUGCGACAUUGAUGUGUGUGGUAAUUGCUACUUAUUAUGCCCGGACCGGUGGUCAGAUUUGUACAACAUGAGUUACCCGUCCGUCACCAUGGACAAACUUACGGAACUCCGUCAUAAGCGAUUCCACCAGAGUCUCAAUGAGAACCCAUAUUUUUUUGUCGCACCGUUUUCCGGAGUCUUCGUCGUGUCUGCAGCGUACACCUUCAUCUACAGGUUCAUGGCCAACCACACCAGCGAACAUCCCGAGGGUUUUCUCGGCCCGGAGGUCCUGAAAUCCUUCUUCUCGGUCACGGAGGACGCCUACGGGAACUUCAAGUACGAGUACGGCCACGAGCGGAUCCCGGACAACUGGUACCGUCGCGCCGUCGGGGACGAGUACAAUAUCCCGUUCUUCCUGGAUGACUUGGCGGCCGCGGCCAGGAAGCACCCGGAGUUCCUCUCCAUCGGUGGCAACACCGGGAAAGUCAACUCCUUCGUCGGGGUCGACCCCACGAACCCCAUGGGCAGCGUCUUCAACGCCAAGAACCUCGCCGAGGGAAACAACUUCUUCUGCUACUUCUUCUCGCUGAUGCAGGCCUCGCCCAACGCCAACGAGUACUUGCAGAUUCACCCAAUCGAGUCUACGGCUAAACACUUCAGCCAGUUUAGCAGUUUCGCGAGCCGCCUCAACUGCCCGCAGCGCGAGCGACUCGACCCGGACGCCUUUGACAAAUACCCGGGUUACACGAGGAUCGGCUUCCCGGACCCGGGAGUCGUGUUCAAGUACAUGGAGAAGUUCAACUGUUCAACCCGACCGAUGGAAGAUAAAGCCAAAGACAAGAAGCGAAAUGAUGGGAAGUAUUCAUAGGUGUUUCUUGAAUACACGGAGAAAAAAA